CCAUUACUAAAAGCAAAAGAGAAAUCAAAAGUCCGACAAUCCGUCCACGACACACGAGAAUCUUCUCGAGGCUGACACCUGAGCUUCCGCUGUUUGACAAUAUCCAUAGACAAAAGCAAAACGCCUACAGCGAGUUUACGAGCCAAUGAUUGCGGUCAUUAAUCCGCGUUAGCUCAUUAAGAAUAAUUAACAUACACGCCUUUCGUAUUCAUUGAAGUAUUAUUAAAUGUCGUCGAGCUGUCUAACUGCUAUUAAUAAGACCUUGUAACGAGCCCGUAAUUAUUUUGUCAUAUACAAAUUAUCCUCCCAGCGUAGAUCACCUAGCACAGGUUUCCGUAUCGAAAAUUGCCCGUCGAAACAGAGCCGUCGAAACACCUGACGUGAAUUUGGAAUAACAUAUUUAAUCUGCCAUAGCUUGUUUGUCGCCGGAUUAGAAGUUGAACUACGAGCUUACAUCCUGGUUUUGUAUAAGAGAAGCUGGCUGCUUGCAAUAUGGCGAACAUGAGUCACAGUCCGCUCACACGUGCUGCCAGUUCUUUUCAGGUUUCACCCAUCGCUAUGCCUUCUCAUGGCAGCUAUAUUUUCAGAGAUAUCUCAGGUAAGGUUUUUAUAGUAAGAGUUUUAUUUAACACUCUGUCCCAUCGCGAUCACAUGUGUUGCCAAAUUUUAAAUGUUACACUUAAUUUAUCACCUAAACGAUAAAUUUAUCUAAGUAAAUAUAUGCUAUCAAAGUGUGUGAUUAUUUAUCGUUUUAACAGUUCUCGCGAUAUUGUAUUUAUUCACAGCUAAAUUUUCUCAGAUGCUUUACAGGAUCAGGGAAAUGACUUCAAUAUUCUCAUCUACUUUAUCCAAAUAGAUAUUUUAAUAACAUUAUGCAAGGCAAGGUUGAAGAUUAGGAAUUAAAUUGGUUUUCCUGUAAUGGUCGGUAAUCAUAGCUAUUUUGGUUUUUGAGAAGAUCGCAUAUAUAAUUAAAUAUACGGUUACAUAAGUUAGAAAUGAUUCGGCUCUCACGAUUGCCGCCAAUCUGGUUAGAAACAGUUUGGAAAACUGCUCUUCUUCGAGAGCGUUACAUAUAUAAUCCAUGGAUUCAAAAAUCUAUCCUUUUAUUUCUCCAGUCCUGUGUCUUCAACGAAGGUAAUGUACGACUGCUGAAUCAAAUGAAACUCUAUAUUCCAAGUAGUCGUAGGUUUUUUUUUACACGGGAAUGACGUACUUUUCCCAACAGGACAACUUUUGCCAAGCCGUUUUUACUAAUACAACGCGUUUAGCCUUUUACAGCCGCUAAUAUUUUGUUCAAAUUUUGCUCUUUUUACCCACGUGGGAUUUGUGCUGGAAUCAGACGGAAUAUGUGUGCAUUUGAAAAUCGUUUGCUGGAGGUAACUCAUGUUGGAAGGUGUUUUAAUCGGUGAACCUUUCAAGCCUUUGUUUUUACAGUCUAUAUAGAAGUUCAUGACCACAGAAUUUUCAUUUGUUUAAAAUAUAUAUGCACAUAUGGUCCGGUCGGACAGACCAAACAAAGGUUGAUGUUUCAGUUUCACUACGUGCAUGUAUAUAGAAAGCUUAUUUGAAAAGCAACAAAUAAGCAAUAUAUGUCCACAGGUUCCACCGUAUCUAAUGCUGCGUCAAUGUGUGGACAUUCGCGUUUUGCUCAUUUUGUCUUGUGUAUUAAUUGGCCUGGGUAAAUAUAUGAGCAACAAUGUACAUUCAAUCAAUAGACACAUGUGAACUUAAAUGUCUUAGAAGGAGGCUGCAUUCGAUUUUCGAUUCAAUUCCUCUGAAUGUUUAUCCUAUAGAGAAGAAGAGUCUUGAUCGAGUUUAUCUCUCUCGGUUUGUUUGAGAGCAGAACAACCUUAUAUAGACAAGAUCUUGGGCCAAGUUAUUAUUAAAUGGAAAGUAUCCGACAAUUAAUGUCAAGUUUUAGAGGAAUAAUGUUUCUGUUGUAACCAGAAACUGUUGGAGCUUUUGCUCGAGACUGCAAAGGCUUUGUUCAGUAAAAUUUACUUUUUCUACACAAAUUCAGUGACGUUCCGGAGAUUGAAAUAGAUGAAGAUUGAAAAUAUAUUUAACAAUGUUAAAUCAAGAUCAAAAAUCUCAGUGGGGAUUUAUUUUAAAAACAACAAUAUAUACAUUCAAGGAUGAUGUUUAAAUUUUCCCUCUUACCUUAGAUCAAAUAUCAAGGAAGAAUAGUUAUUGAAUAUAUUUGAAACAAAAAUUUUAAUUGAUAUAUUAGGUUGGACAAUUCACAACGCACUGGAGCAACGCAAGAACCUCGCUCCUCAGACAUUUCCUCAUUACACAUGUCUUGGCUUUGGCUAGCGAAAAGUGUAAAGAUCUAUACUUCCACUCUGUGAGGCAAUAGCUUAAAAAUUUCUCUCUAAAUCCAUUUUACAGACUAGUGAACUUUUACGUUAUAAAAUAUAUUGAUUUAAGAAUGUUGACUUUAGUAUUACUAUUAUUAGAUGUACACAAUAUAUAGAUCUAUUAGUAUUACACUACUGAACUGCUGAAAAUUAUAAGUAGAAUCUUAUGCAGUUAGGAUCAGAUAUCAUCUUUAAGGGAUAAACUCUGAAGAAAGUUUGUAUUAGUUUCAUUGAAAAAGGUGUUGUUAGCUGAAUCGCAAUGUUCAGGACGAAACUGCCGAGCUUUUAAGAAAUGCCUUACCUUCAGAACUGUUUAAAAAUGUCCUUACCAAAUGAUUGUUGAUUCACUGGAAAUUUAGUGCGUUUUCAAACGUAUAGAUUUCCUUUCUUGAUCAAUUCUUUAAAUAAGAGCCUUUGGUACACAUUUCUGAUCGCUUGUCUAACGCAACGUGUCUCUUCUGUGUGUACUCGUAGGCUAGUGUGAAUCUUCUACAAAGAAUCUUUAUUUUAUGCUGAGAAUAUGCAUAAAACAUCAGGAAACAGAGGCAAAAACGACAUCGCAUUUUAUGUGCAAAACCUAAUAUACUGUAUUAAGUGACCUAAAUUUAUUUUUCAGCGCAUUUGCAUUAGUUCGGCACGUGAAAAGUUCUGCGUUUGAACUAAAUCAUAUUGCCCUAGUAUAGAUGUAACUAAUGGCGCGCAGACAGGAUUCAAUGAUAAAAAUGUGUACAAGCUUCGCGCAUUUUCAUCACACGGUGUCGCUUUACUGUAUUCGAAAAAGUUCCAGCUAAAUUUGGAGUUACAUAGAAGAUGGCAUUUCCAAAAGAAACGGUAAUCUAAUCAGUUUCGUAGUGGAAACAGACAAUUCUGUCAAAUGAAUAUUUUUAGUAUAUUCAUGAGAAUUUAUGAGUUAUGGGCGGUUAAGCCGUUUGCGUGCACUUGAGUUUUUGACUGUAUUGUCAUUUUAUCAUCGAAUGUACAUGAAGCAUCGCUUUAGAAUACAAGGAUAAGUAAUAAACUACAAAAGAGUCCUCGGUUUGCAUGCAAACAGCUGAUUUAUUGAAUAGAAAAUGCGAGUUGAACAGAAGAUGUUUCAACAGGAAAGAAAUUUCAUUGUGUUUCAUAUGGGUAUUAUCACACUCACUCACCAUUCUAUAUAGUUCCUGUAUUUUUCAAGUCGACAGGUGUUCUUUUCUGUCAUGUAUACAAAAUUCAAAAGCGCACUUUAUUCUUUACAUAUCAGCAUUUGAGCGUUCUUUGAGCGUUCUCUGAAAACUAACUGACAAUGUAUAGAUGCUUGGAGGGGAAAGGCUCACUGAAUAUAUUCCGCGUCGCUAAGUUUUUGCGGGAUCGCAACAUUGUAUAUUCAAAGAACAGAGCUGACGUUUUGCAUAUUUAGUCAUAUUAUCUGUGACAAUGAGGUUUCUCUGAUUAUACACACGUGUGUGUACAUAGAAUAUACAUAGAAAAUGAGUAGUAUAGUUUUGCUGAGCUCGAAGACACUAUAGCUGAGGGUUCUUUUACUGGAUGAAAAACUAUAUACUAUACCUGCUCUAUCUUUAAUAUGAUAUCGAGGAUUCUCUAUAUUCGCAUUUCGUGAACCAAAACACCCUUGGCAUACCGACAUGUGUAUGUAAAUAGUGUUUGACAUUCGCAAUAUAGCUUACAUGGAGAGGCAAUUAUUGAGGCCUAAACUAUAGACCCGUUUACACUUGCGAUUUUAGGUGCGAUCAUCUUCUGAUGGAUGUGAACGGAUGGAUGUUAGUUAUGGAUGUUCAGAUGACAUACUCGGAACAUUCAUGAUUCAUCUAGUCGUUCACAUGCGUCAGAGGAAGAAAAUCGCAGCAAGAAUUACAAGUGUAAACGGUCCUUUACAAGACCAUCAGACUGAGCACGAUGCACUGUAGAAUCAAACUGGAAAUUUAUGCCAUAGAGUCAAACUCCGUACUUCAACAUUCAAACCUUACAGAGAUGAAUAUACUAACCACCGUAGCACUAAAGCCCCGAUCAAAUGGGCAUGAGAGUUGGCAAUCACACGAUCUUGACUGUUCUUAAUGCUUUCCCAACACUAUCAUGUAUUCUAUUGAAGUUAAACCAUAGUUGGAACAUUCAUCACGCCUUUAUUUUGUUAAUCUAGAGCUUGAAAUGUCCUCUGUAACAAUGUGUGAUUACCAACUCUUAUCAACUCUCAGCCUCGUUUCACAGGCUUAACACUCAAUGAUUUCUCUUGACAACAAACUAUGUUUUCUUUUCAUAGACUACCACAGGAAUACGGGUGGGCUUCACUCGCCCUAUGCCAGGCCGCCAAACUACUGCGAUGACUACCCGUACGGUGCGGCCGCUUCAAACCAUCAAGGGAACCCGCUUACCGCGUUAUUCUCCAACUCUCCAGCCUCGUUGCUUGGCAGUUCAAGUUUUCUCGAUAUGCAAGACAUGAAGAGAAAGCCAAAUGGAAAUAUUCGAGCGGACUUGGACAACAGAACAUUGUGGAAAGGUUUUAAUGAAUAUGGAACAGAGAUGAUUAUUACUAAAGCGGGAAGGUAGGAAUGAGUUAAGAUUUCCUUGUUAUAUGUAGCUCUGUCAGUUCUUAACUAUCCUCCCUGGAGGUCCAGUAAGAGUCAUCAUUUACUGGAGGAAAUUUAAACUAAACUGAUAGUUCAGUUAUAUACUGUAUGGGUAGCUGUAUCAGUUCCAAACUGUUCCCCCUGAAGAUCCAGUUAGAGUCAUCCUUUAUUGAUCUAAUGUUACUACAGGAGGAAACCUAAACUAAACUAAUUUUAUACUGGACAGCUCUAUCAGUUCUAAACUACAGUUCUCCCUAACAUGUCCAGUAAGGGUCAUUCCUGUAGGGUGUAUAUAUAGUCAAACUGAAAGUUCUAUAUUCGGGAAUCUCGACUGCAGAAACUGCAUGCGCUAUAACUACUGUUUCUCUAACACCUCUAAAACACAAGCGAUCUAGUUAUUGCCAAUGGUACUGUUCCAAUCCAAAGUUUGAAACUCGGUGAAAGGCUAGAUAAUUCUUUACUGACGUUGUUUUCAUUCAGACCUGCAUGUCAUCCUGCAAAUAUUUGUUUUAUCAAUUACGUUAUCAUGUUUCCUUUUACGUUGUUUCCUUAUUGGCGAAAUUAAGUUCCUCCUAAAAUUAGUCAUCAGGAUUUUAAUACAAAUUGCCUCCACAUGUAGGACGCCUUCGUGAAUCUGUUUGCUUACGCCUCUGCUGCACUACAAACCGUCAAAAAAUUGACUGACUUGCUUGUUGCUGUCACAUGAAAAAUGUAUAUUUUACAUGAAAAGUGGAAAGCCGUAGGAUUCAGUUCAGAAGUUUGUUUAUCAUGACGUGAACUGCGCGCGCAAAAUGCGGUUGACGCAAAGUUGCUGCAAAGAGCACAUGGCCACACAAGUUCAUAUCUUCUAUUUCAUUGCACUCUACACAUUGAGUGAUUGUGGUGCGUUAAUUUGUGAAUUGUGUCUUCUGGCAAUUUUAGCAGUUCACCCGGUUUCAAUUAGCUGUUUCUGGCGUAGUUCAGUUCCUGGGCGAAAACUCUGAGCAAACAUUCAUAUCGCCUUUUUCCUGGGCGAGUAUUGCAAAUAUUGACGCCGAUUAUAAAAUGACUAAAAUUUGUAUAUUUGGAAUCGUGUUAAAUACCGGAUGAAUGCGAUAUUAUAUAGACUUGGUGUUUUGUUUGAUUACUUGGCACAAUUUUAUCUCUUCGACGCAGAAUUGAAAAUGCUAUGUUGGGAGGUUAUUUAAACUAAGCUAACUUUAUUUAUACUAGCCUGCGUCACAGACUUCAAAACACAUGUUUAUCAUGAUAAAACAUGUGUUUUGAAGUCUGUGACGCAGGCUAAUUUAUACUGGAUAACUCGAUCAGUUCUAAACUGUUCUCUAUAUGAGAUCCAGUAAGGAUCAUCUCUUAUUGAUCCAGUGUUACUACAGGAGGAAACUUAAACUAAACUUACUUUAUUUAUACUGGAUAGCUCUAUCAGUUCUAAACUGUUUUCCCUAGAGGUCCAGUAAGGAUCAUCUCUUAUUGAUCCAGUGUUACUACAGGAGGAAAUCUUAUCAGUUCUAAACUGUUCUCUAUAUAUGAGGUCCAGUAAGGAUCACCUCUUAUUGAUCCAGUGUCACUGCAUUCUUAGAGUACGCGAAAAACCUAUGAUGUUUGAGUCAGACCGAAAGCACUCUUCUUCCAUGACCGUGGAAUCGGAAAACCUGAUUUUUUCACACGCAUUCCAAGGUCACUACACAAAUAUUACCGUUGGACAGUAUAUACAAAUGCGCUGAACACGUAAUCUUCCACGAACUUCCUGGUCGUGUACUGCGCUUUCAAAUCCCUGACAGCGGGUGCCAUUAGCUAGGAUGUUUUAACAACUUUGUUAGCGCUAAAGACGUGAUGGCGUUACACAAUUUCUGAAGUGCGAAUCACGCGCCCCAGUCAGUAAACGUGUGAAAUAUACACAGACAUAAAACCUUCGGAGGAAACGGGCGCGAGUAUUGGAAUAUUCACGUGGUAAAUAUUGCAGUUUAAAAAUAGAAGCGUGCCUGCAUGUAGACUCGCUGCAAGUUCGCGGGUCUGCGUCUCCAAAGAGUUUUUAAAUUUCUCCUCGCAUUUUCGCGCGCCCUUCUAUAAACUGCCAAAAAAAAAUUCCAAGCUUGCCUGCUUCUUUAAAAUUAAACCGCAGAGUUUUGACAUAUAGGACUAUGCAUGACGCCACAUAUGACGCAGAAUAUUCUAAUCCAUGCCCAAAGUCACAAACUUUGUUGUGAAUACAUGCACGUCUUGUAUACGUGAAUGCACCAGACUAAUUGUAUUCAUACUGGAUAGUUCUAUCAGUUUGAAACUGUUUUGCCUAGAGAUAUUGUAAAAGUCAUCUUGUUAUCGGUCGAGUCUUGCUACAGGGGGAAACGUAUAACUAAAUCAACUUUCGUUAUAUUGGAUAAUUCUAUCAGUUCUAAGAGGAUCGGGUCAAGUAAGACUCAUCUCUGAUUUCUCCGGUGUUUAUACUAGAGAAGGAAACCUAAAUGAAUUUUGCUCAGACAUGCAAGGUGUUUCCGCGCCGGGAGAUUUUGUAUGAUUUAUACUUCAAUUUUAAUUGCGUCCACAAAUCAACUGCAAUAAAACUGUGAAAAAUCAUGUUUGCUAAACUUGGCACCUUCUUUACGCAAACCGUGAAAAUUUUCAAACAUUUAGUUCAUUUGCUAAGCGCUUCCUGUGUCAUUCCACAGCAGAUUUGUGUUUCACAGCUUUCCAAAGACAACAUAAGACUCAAAAGGCGCCAGCAUCAACAUCGCAUUAACGCUUGCUACAAGAGCCGAACUAUUCCGGAUUUAGCUUAACUUUGUUCCGCAGUCAGGUCUUUGCGACACGCUAUAGUUUUUUAUUGUAUUUUUAAUAAUGAAGUCAAGAAAUUCCUAAUUUUGAUUGGCGAACAGCGUGUUUUAUUGAAACUGUAAAAAAAAUGACUCUAUUAGGGGCCGAUCACAUAGAGAACUUUCAACCCCGGGGUUGAACUCAGCCCUGUUAACCGGGUUGAAAUUUUUUGCGAUUACAUGAACGAUUUCAACCCCGGGGUUGAAACGCUAUACUAUACGUUCUCGGCAUCGAUUCCCAGAAGUAAAAAAAGCCUUUAUUUUGUUUUCCUGAAAUAAAUAGUCACUACCAUGCACGUAUGCUCGAAUAAGUCAUGAUAAUUUCAGCCCUGGGUUGAACGAUUACAUGACAAAAUUUUCAACCCAGGGCUGAGUUCAACUCAGGGGUUGACAUUUCAACCCUGCUAGCUGAAGCAGGGUUGAAAUUUCAACCCCGGGUUGAACUCAGCCCUGGGUUGAAAAUUUUGUCAUGUAAUCGCGCGUUUGAUUUUGAUAGAGUUUUGUAUUACAGACAGGGCUGAAAUUUCAACCCGGUAAACAGGGCUGAGUUCAACCCCGGGGUUGAAAAUGCUCCAUGUAAUCGGCCCCUUAGUGGCACAGUCUUAAUGCGCCUUUCGUCUUUGCGUUUACGAUUCGAGAUUUCUACAAUAAACAAUGAUGUGACAAGAGUGCUUCUAGUAUGACUCUAUCAAACACCACAGGUUCUCUCCAAGUAUUCCGAUUUCCUUCUGUAGUAACACUGAAGCAGUUAGAGAUUAUCUACCUGGAUCUCCUUACCAGAUACCAUAGAGGACACGCUACAAUCGAGGUGAAAUUUCGGCAAACUUGAAACAUUGAGACAACUAUUAAUACGAUGAGAUUUCUGUGAAUAAGGUGUGAAAAACCCCCGCGUUUUCAUUCGACUGGAAUGAUUGCGAUUCAAAUUGUUAGUAAUCGUACGAAUUAAUCUCGCAGCUUAGUAUUUUAUAAUAGCAAGGCGGCAAUCUCUGUUGCAAGCCAAGCCAAGGCAUAAACUACAUGCAGCGUUGGGAAGACUGUGUUUACACAAACAUCCCUCAUAACCUCCGAUUAUAGUUUUCUGUAUGCGCCUUUUUUUCUUUGAGGAACUACCUUAUGUAAAUACCUGCGAAAUAUGUACAUGGUGUAAAGCUUCUUAUCUCAAAAGAUUGACUUAAAAUAAACAAUGCCACCUCGUAUUUCUUGUAACUAUCUAUUAAAACAACAGGCCAGGUGCGAGAAUUAAUUUUUUGAACAUGAAGACAGUGCAUGCUUCCAGGCUGGCCCUACAUGACCAAACGCAUCAGGUUUUCUGUAGUAACACUAGAGCAAUAAGGAAAAAUGCUAAUUGGACUUCUAUAGGGAAAACAGUUUCAAAACUGAUAAGGCCUAUCCAGUGUAAAUAAAGUUAGUUUAGUAUUGGUUUCUGCCUGUAGUAACACUGAACCAAUAAGAAAUGACCCUUAUUGGACCUAUAGGGAGAACAGUUUAGAACUGAUAGAGCUAUCCAGUAUAGAUAAAGUUGGUUUAGUUUAGGUUUCCUCCUGUAGUAACACUGGAUCAAUAAGAGAUGACCCUUACUGGACCUCUAGGGAGAACAGUUUAGAACUGAAAGAACUAUCCAGUAUAAAUAAAGUUAGUUUAGUUUAGGUUUCCUCCUGUAGUAACACUGGAUCAACAAGAGAUGACUCUUACUGGACCUCUAGAAAGAACAGUUCAGAACUGAUAGAGCUAUCCAGUACAAAUAAAGUUAGUUUAGUUUAGGUUUCCCCCUGUAGUAACACUGGUUCAAUUAGAGAUGACCCUUACUGGACCUCUAGGGAGAACAGUUUAGAACUGAUAGAGCUAUCCAGUAUAAAUAAAGUUGGUUUAGAUUUCCUCCUGUACCAAUGACAAAUGGCUUUUACUGGAUCUCUGGGGAAAACAAUUUAGAACUGAUAGAGCUAUCUGAAGUUUGUUUUGUCAUUGUGCAUUAACUUGUCUCAAGGGUUAUGUCCAAUGUUGUAGUUUUGUUCAGUAUAACAAUCUCGGGGAGCAGAAUCCCACAACAUUUUCUAUUUAUUUUUUCCAGGAGAAUGUUUCCAACCAUCAGAGUGAAACUCGAAGGUUUGGACCCCAAAACAAAAUACUUUCUUGUGAUGGACAUCGUGCCUGUCGACGAUAACCGUUUUAAAUAUCACAAUGGUGAAUGGAUCGUCUCUGGCAAAGCAGAGCCACCACAUCCAUCCAGGUUGUACAUACACACUGAUUCACCUGCUACUGGAGCGCAAUGGAUGCGACAGAUUGUAUCAUUUCAGAAACUCAAAUUGACCAACAGUCAAGUGGACCAACAAGGACAUGUGAGUUUAUCAUUUUCUUCUUUUUGUUUUUGCUACAUUUGAUGGCCAAGUUACUAGAUGGUGAAGCCGCCAUGUUGGUGGCAUAUGGGUCAGUACAUGACUACUACAUCUGUCUUUCGUCUCUGUAAUUGAGGUUCCAUUCUUGCAAAAUGCAGAUGUCUGAUUAUAAUUUCACCUCAGUCUCAUGUGAGAAGAGUGCUUCCAGUUUGACUCCGCCAAACACCUCAGGGUUUUUUCAAGUUCUCCGCUUUCCUCCUGUUUGUAGCAACACUGGGUCAGUUAUAGGGAUGACUCUUACUGGACCUCUAGGAAAAGUGGAAGGCCAGUUUAGAACUGACAGAACUAACUGACAUGCAGAACUAUCCAGUAUAAAUAUAGUCAGUGUAUACCAGUCUCUUACAGCUAAGAUGUAAGAGAGUGUAUAUUUACAAGAAGGGAAUAACAGUUUUCUUACAAACUUUUUCCAAAAAUGAUGGUGUUGGGGUAGUAGCUAUAGAAUAUAUAAUCAAGCGAUCCUUAAGCCUGUAUUAACACUUACAGUAUGUCCUCACAAAAUGCAAUUACAAAACAGCACUAACUUUUAAAUAGAACCUAUAUAUUCUAAUAAUAAUAUUCCCAUAAAGUAUAUGUCUCGCUGAAUGGCUAAAGGAAGUCAUUAAGAGAUAGCUAUGCUUAAUUAUGUUUCAUGUUUAAGCACAACUCAGUAUAUAUUGGUGCAGUUUUGUUGUAUAGCGUUUUUUGUCUUACAUAUUCUGCUCUUCCAUGAAGCAUGUAUCUCAAAACAUAGAAGUCCAGUGGCAGUGUAUAUAGGUAUAAUAAUUCUACAAUAAACUGUCGUGGUUUGUGCCGGAACUACCUGAAAAAGAUAUCUUUAACGUGGUGAUCCAGUGUAGGUAGUAUUCUACAGUAUAACUAUAAGUUUGUGUCUGAACUACUUGAAAAAGAAUAUACUCAUAAAGACCAAUAUUUCUAUUACAAACAUAAGAGGCUCUUACAUAUUGUACAUUGUCUAAUAAAUUAAAUGUAUUAAUUAUAGACCCGACUUUUCACGAUCUUAGCAUGACAAAGUAAUAUACAGUUAGUGCCUUUAAAACUUGCUGAACAAUUAAAGUUUGUUUAUUUCUAACGACUUCCCGUCCCAUAGAUACAUUUCAGUAUUUAUAUUGAAAACUCCUCAAAGAGGUUUUUGAAAUGGGAUCUUUUUUGUAAUUAAUUACAUGUGUAAUAUAUGAAUACAAUAUAUUGCUUUUUUUUAAACCGUUUAAUAUAACCGGCUAUAUCUUGACAAUGGCGCGUUGGCGUUAUUUCACAAAAAAUUACAUACUCUAAGUGGUAUUGAAGAGGUAAUAUGCCCUUUCUCUAAUAAUUUUACAAUGUUCAUAUUAUUAUUCAAUACCAGAAACAUCUUUCAUCCGCUAGAUGAGGCUAUUAAACGUUAUUAUAGUCGUUUGAAAAUGGGUAUUCGACUUGUUUAUUGUUUAGAAGCUGCCCCUCCCAUCAAUUAGGCGGAACGUUUAGAUGUAAAAACUAUCAUUAAUAUUGUUAUGUUUCCUCUCAAACAAUCAUGUCUCUAAAAUUAAAAUAACUUAAUAAAAAAAAUAGCUGUAUCCGUUCUAAAGUAUUCUCUCUUGAGCUCGUCCAGUAAGGGUCAUCCAUGAAUGCAUCAUUGGCCCAGUAUUACUCGAAGAAAACCUGUGGGUAUUGGGUAGAGGAAGCAUUCGUCCCACUGGUGACUGAGGAGAUUUUUAUAAUCAGACGGCUUCGCAUCUUUCUCUAAUCAAAUCGUAGUCCUCGAGGUGAAAUGGCCAGGCUCUGUAGCCAUUGUAGAGAAUCUCACGGUGUCUUACUCAGUCAUAAGUUGACAAUUAGUAAAACGGAAUAGUGUAUUGGCCUGGGACUUUCAUCACUUUAUAGAUUUCAUUUAAGUGCUUGCUUCACAUCAAACAUCUGUUGUUUAUAUAUAUUGACACUUUCCAACAGUUGCUGAGAAAAUUUUAUCAUAUCAUGUCAAUAUAAUAGAUGUAUAUGUAAUAUUAAAUAGAGUAAUACCUUUAGCCAUCACUUCGCUAAAUAACAGUAUAUGCAGCUUAAUACAUAGGCAUAACUAACCAAUAUACAUAAGAAUUGAUGCGAACAAUCAUUUAUAUUUUGUCAAGGGCAGUUCUCUAUAGCGUUUGAAUGUCAGAGCAGCUACAGUGAGCAUGCAUGUACAUUUGCCUUCUUCGACCAGGCUUUCAUUCCCGCAAUAUACAGAGUGAUACAGUUGUCUGAUUAUAAUUUCAGCUCAGUUGCACGAUGGAGAGAGAAGAGUGCUUCCAGUUUGACUCUUCCAAACACCUCAACUAGAAAAAGUGGGAUAAAAAAGUCACAUAAAUACAGUACUUUGUUGUUGCAUACAUAAUACGCAUGGUCAAAUUUUCCAUUUUUUGCACGCACUUUUGAGGACAUUUCGAAGGAAAACAGUUUGGAACUGAUAGAGCUAUCCAGUAUAAAUAAAGUUAGUUUAUUUAGUUUAGGUUUCCUCCUGUAAUAACACCGGAAUGACCGGAUCAAUAAGAGAUGCAUGACCCUUACUGUACCUCUAUAGGGAGAACAGUUUGGAAAUGAUAGAGCUAUCGAGUAUAAAUAAAGUUAGUUUAGUUUAGGUUUCCUCCUCUAGUAACACUGGAUCAAUAAGAGAUGAUCCUUACUGGACCUCUAGGAAGAACAGUUUUAGAUCUAUCCAGUAUAAAUAAAGUUAAUUUAGUUUAGGUUUCCUCCUCUAGUGACACUGGAUCAAUAAGAGAUAAUCCUUACUGGACCUCUAGGGAGAAAUAAAGUUAGUUUAGUUUAGGUUUCCUCCUGUAGUAACACUGGAUCAAUAAGACAUGGUUCUUACUGGACCUCUAAGAAGAACAGUUUAGAACUGUAGAGCUAUCCAGUGUAAAUGAAAGUUUUCUAUAAAUAGCUCUUCAUAUCCUGCAGGAAAUCUCCAUGGGCAGUUCCUUCCGAUUGUUCUCAUGCGUACAGUAUUUACAGACAAUCUAUUUACCUAUAGAUAACUGUCUGCAGUCCAGUCGGACAUUUUGUCGCUUGUAUAAUUGUAUUUGCUCAACUUUGCUCGCCUCUGAGGUGCUAAACUUGUCUCUGAAAGCGUGAAAUCUUGUUAGCUUCAUAACACCUUGCCGUGAAACACAUCUCGGUUCCAAUUUUUCCAUGUAAGAUAACAGCAUGAUGCGUAAACAUUUUUAAAUUUUGGACCUGUUCCACGCGCGCGUCACAUGACCAACCAAAGCGCCUGGGUACGAGGCCGAUCUUGGUGGCAGAACAAUCUCGUAGCCCGAGCCCCAUUGUGGGCAGACAGAGGGGUGCUAAGGUAGAGGUCCGAGGUACCUACGAUUUUAACGUCCUUAACCGAGAAGACGCGAAAGUCUAACCAUUUACUGAAGUCAAUGUAAAGGUCGCUCUUUCUCCUCAAUGGACCAUUUGCAUUAUAGACUAAAUUUUGAUCUAGACAAAAAUUUCAUCACAGCUUGAAAGAGCAUCACAAAAUUAGUAAUAUUCCAAAGUGAAAUGUUGUAAAAUGUGGAUAAUAUAGCCUUGCGAAGUUUGCCGUUUUUCAGUCAUUUUGUAUUGCGCACGGGAAAUUGACAGCCCAAUCGGGUGUUGGGGCAUCAAUUUCACGUUUGUAAUACAAAACGACUGAAAAUUAGAAAUUUCGCAAGGCUAUAUUAUCCGCAUUUUACAACAUUUCGUAACGAAACUUUGGAAUAUUACUAAUUUUGUGAUGCUCUUUCAAGCUGUGAUGAAAUUUUUGUCUAGACUUGUUUAGAUCAAAAUUUGGUCUAUAAUGCAAAUGGUCCAUUAUUUUAAGACCUUGAGUAGAGGUGCGAGCAAGGAUUGAACCCAGCUCUCCCAGAUUGAAUGGUGUAAAAUGGAUAUAGUUCUAAAACUGGUGUUUUGAGGCUUUUAGGGAAAAUUGAACAUGUUCCUCAUUUCCUUUACGAAGCUUUAAAAUAUAUUCCUACUUUAUUUUAACCCUUGAACAAAUACGGUGAACAAAUAGCAUUAGUUAUUUUACCGCUUCCUGGUUGUUUUAUGUGUGGAUUCGUCUGAACGAAUAUUAACUCGAUUCAGGUAGAAAAAACAAGACUGUUUUAAGCCUCACACUCUCUGGUUUUUGUUUAUCUUGCAAAGUGUGUAAAUAUACCUAUUGACUGUAUUUGUCCUAGAUCUGCUUAGGCUGAAAUACUUGCAAUUGUUAUCAUUGUCUUGAGGAUGUGAGCCUCGGGAAGUUUCAUUUGCUGAAAUAUGCUCUGAGUUGAACCGAUCUUACUACCUUUAUUUAUACUAUCUUUAUCAGUUCUAGGCCAGUAAGCGUCACACCUUUUUCAUCCAGUGUUAAUUAUCACUGCAGGAGGAAAACUAAACUAACUUUAUUUAUAAUGAAUAGCUCUAUCAGUUCUAAACUGUUCUUCCUAGAGGUCCAGUAAGGAUCAUCUCUUAUUGAUCCAGUGUUACUACAGAAGGAAACGUAUAAACUGAACUAACUUUAUUUAUACUGAAUAGUUCUAUCAGUUCUAUAAACUGUUCUUCCUAGAGGUUCAGUAAAGAUCAUCUCUUAUUGAUGAAGUGUUACCACAGGAGGAAACCUAAACUAAAUUUUAAUAGCUCUAUUAUUUCAAAGCUGUUCUCCCAGAGGUCUAGUAAGGACCAGACCUUUUUUAUUCACUUUUGCUAUUGGCGGAAACCUGUGCUAUUUGAUAUAAAGUCAAACUGAUACAUCCGUUUAUACUGUUGGCUCUAUGUUAAUGCAUGUCUAUGAUGUAUAAAUAACAUGAUAGUAUAUAUACAGUAAAAUGAAUCAGUUAAACUGUAAGAAACUAAACACCAAAGAUUUUCUCCAAGUACUCUGGUUUCCCCCCUAGUAACAAUGGAUGACCUUUACUCGACCUCUGGGAAGAACAGUUUGGACUUGAAAGGAUUAUCCAGUAUAAAUAAAGUUUGUUCAGUUUAGGUUUCCUCCUGCAGUAACACUGGAUCAAUAAAGGAUUGCCCUCACUGGAGAGCUAUCCAUUAUAAAAAAAGUUAGUUUAGUUUAGUUUCCCCUCCAUACAGCAACGCUUAUCAUUAAGAGAUGACCCUUACUGGACCUCCAGGAAGAACAGUUUAAAACUGAUAGAGCUAUCCAGUAUAAGUAAAAUUAGUGUAGGUUUCUUCCUGUAGUAACACUGGAUCAAUAAGAGAUGACCCUUACUGGACCUCCAGGAAGAACAGUUUGAAACUGAUAAAGCUAUCCAGUAUAAAUAAAGUUAGUUUAGUUUAGGUUUCCUCCUCUAGUAACACUGGAUCAAUAAGAGAUGACCCAUACAGGACAUCUAGGGAAAAUAGUUUAGAACUGAUCGAGCUAUCCAGUAUAAAAUUAUUACAUUAUGUGCCAAGUAUUUCUUCUCAAUAGGAACAGAUUAUAGCUUGUUUAUCCGAAUUUAGUAAAAUUUGGACAAUUUUGGCGCCGUUCUGAAGAGGAUUUAGCCAAUAUAAGAUGGCUUAAAAACAUUUAUCCAGCUUAGAAGCUCUAAUAUUAGAAUUCUUUACAUAUAAUUCGCGAUUUUGUUUUGAGCUAAUUUUCCGCAUUAGGCAUCUGAGAUUUGACAGUAAGAAGUGUCUUUUUUGAGUGGCUUAAGGUCUGUGGUGGGAGGAAAUAUGCACGCUACACAUGCACGGUGGAGAUUUCCAGAACUCACAUGUGAUGGUCUGCACGAUCAAAUAGCACGGGGCGGGUCCAAGCAAGGCGUUCUGGGUCAAAAUUGCUGCAUCUUGCAACAAAAUAUGAUUUCAACGCAUAUUAAUUGAAAUUGUUUACACAUAAGUUACAAAUCACGAGGCAACAUGUGUCGACAUUUCUGCUUAACAUGCGUUGAAAUCAGAUUUUGUUGCAAGUUGCAGCAAUUUUGUUGCUCGUGUAUAAACUCCAGCUUUAGAUAACUGAUUUUAUAUGACCUUUAUGUAAACGCUGCUUCACACUAUUAAAAUUUCUGUGAUCACACUAGGAAUUUUGCAUAGGUAGAUUUGAAGGAUUUGCACUGACGAAAUGUUACGAGGGAACUGGCUCAGUGUCUAGGGACCGUUCAUUAUUUAUACCCGGGUUGGUACCGAAGAGAUAUGGGUUGGGUAAUCAAGUUUUUGACUAGCUCGUAGGUUGGGUAAAAAAAAAUUAUGGCUAGCAGUCUGUUAGCUAUAAAAUGAAAUAAAAUAAAACCGAAAUUACCAUGCAUUGGAAAAUAUGAAUAAACAUGUGUACAAUGCAUUCUGUACCAAAAUAGACCAUCAGUGAUUGAGGAAGGAUUGUAUCAUUGAUCAGCAGGAACGUGAUUGCUUUGGCACACUCAGUGAGAAUGAGCUUUUAGAAUUUAGGCAACUUGAUUCUGUCACCAUAAUCUUGUGUGUUUAAUUAUUAUGAAGUACAGUAACACAUGGGUUGGGUAAACAUUAUUUUGACCAAUGUUUGACCAAUGAAAAAUUUACAGUGUUUUCGCUUCUCUUCGGUGCCAACCCCGGGUAUAAAUAAUGAACGGUCCCUUAAUACUCAGUGCUUAAUACUCGGUGAAACCAAUGGGCCUUUUUGGUGCUAUAUACAAUAAUGGUCGACUUUUAUUGUAUUGACACUUGGGUGGAUGAGCAUAUACUUUUGUGAAAUUUCUAUAUCAUGUGUAAAAAUAGAGAUUCUUCUCAAACAUGUCUUAGUGCUGUGCAUAAUGCCUUUUUCAACCUUUAAGAUAUUCGGACACUCAUUGAGAGAAUGAGAAAAUAUUGCCACGAAACACAACGUCAAUGCAUAUAGUGGACAAUUCAGUCUCUCUGAUAACCUGCACCUUGUGCUGGUAAACCGCAAAUAUUCUAUCACGUAUGGGAAUGAGAAAAUAAGUAUUUGCCCCCAAAUACAAGGCCAAUACAUUCCGAAUUAAUAUAGUAGCUUUAAGGUUACAUUAUAUGAUGAAAACACUGAUCGUAGGCUAUUUAUGUAUGUCUAUGAGUGACGAAUAUAUAACAAAAUGUACAGUCAAAUAUGUACAUAACUUAACCAAGAUUUUCCCUGGUUUUACUGUGUAUGUAAUUAGUUUGUCAGGUGAAUGAUUCUGUAUUAAAUACCCUAUGUACCAGUAACGGUGUGAUGGAAAUGAAAUGUAUCAUUAUCUAGUGAACAAUUUCGCCUCCUCGAUAACUAUGUUUCACUGUUUCUUUUUUUUAAUAUUUCUGUUAUCAAACAUGUAUCUAAUUCUUCAGAUAAUCCUCAACUCAAUGCACAAAUACCAGCCUCGGUUACAUGUUGUUCAAGCGAACGAAUUCAACGCCUUAAAUGGACGAAGUGCUUAUCAAACAUUUGUAUUCCACGAAACGGAGUUCAUGGCCGUCACUGCUUAUCAGAAUCCACAGGUUGGUGUCUUGCAUACUUUAUUUGCCAAAUAUGGCGGAGUAAUCCUGUGACUAAAGUAUAAAGGCCGAUUUAGAACUUUUGCCUAAAACUGUCGCAUGGGACCUGCUUACAACUUGAGUUGUACUGUGUAAAUCAAGCACACGGACUCAUCAACGACAACGUAAGCAAGCUGUAUGUUGAUUUACACAGUACAACUCAAGUUGUAAGCAGGUUGCAUGCGACAGUUUUAGACAAAAGUUGUGUGUAGUCUAAAUCGGCUUUAAGGAACUGCUUGGUUAGCUGUUUGGUUUCUAUAGCGACCGCAUAUUGUUUUGAUUUAAAAAAUAUCCUGUGUGAUCUUGGGUGUAGCUGGCAAUGAUUAUGGUUCGCGCUAUUUUGUUGAAAGAUGAAACGACAGUAGUACCUGAAAAUGUAAAAAAGCUAUUCCAAAGUCCUUGUGUAAUGGACAAAAGACAUUGUCUUCUGGAUUGCCUAUAUGAUCUGUCACUUCAUAUUAUCAUAUCAAUAACAAUCAAUCAAUUCUCUAUCUCAAUCUACUUCAUUGCUACUUGAAUCUGUUUGCUACCUUGCCAAAUAGAGUAAUUGCAGUGUUCUCGCCAGAGGUGCAGAAAGGAUCAAACUUCUUAUUGAUCCAGUGUUACUACAGGAGGAAACCUAAACUAAACUAACUUUAUUUCUACUGGAUAGCUCUAUCAGUUCUAAACUGUUCUUCCUAGAGGUCCAGUAAGGAUCAUCUCUUAUUGAUCCAGUGUUACUACAGGAGGAAACCUAAACUAAACUAUCUUUAUUUAUACUGGAUAGCUCUAUCAGUUCUAAACUGUUCUUCCUAGAGGUCCAGUAAGGAUCAUCUCUUAUUGAUCCAGUGUUACUACAGGAGGAAACCUAAACUAAACUAACUUUAUUUAUACUGGAUAGCUCUAUCAGUUCUAAACUGUUCUCCCUAGAGGUCCAGUAAAGGUCAUUCUUAUUGAUCCAGUGUUACUACAGGAGGAAACCUAAACUAAACUAACUUUAUUUCUACUGGAUAGCUCUAUCAGUUCUAAACUGUUCUUCCUAGAGGUCCAGUAAGGAUCAUCUCUUAUUGAUCCAGUGUUACUACAGGAGGAAACCUAAACUAAACUAACUUUAUUUAUACUUGAUAGUUCUAUCAGUUCUAAACUGUUCUCCCUAGAGGUCCAGUAAGGAUAAUCUCUUAUUGAUCCAGUGUUACUACAGGAGGAAACCUAAACUAAACCAACUUUAUUUAUACUGGAUAGCUUUAUCAGUUCUAAACUGUUCUCCCCAGAGGUAAAGUUAGGAACAUUCCUUCUUGGUCUAGUGUUACUACAGGUAGGAUCUGGAGAAAACCUGUGAUGCUUGUUAGAACAGAAAUUACUCUUCAUGCGCAAUGGACCAUUUCCCAAUUAACCAAAAUUUUGAACUCAACAAGUCUAGAUAAAAAUUUCAUCACAGCUUGAAAGAGCAUCACAAAAUUAGUAAUAUUCCAAAGUUUCGUUGCAAAAUGUUGUAAAAUGCGGAUGAUAUAGCCUUGCGAAGUUGGCAAUUUUCAGUCAUUUUAGAUUACAAACGGGAAAUGGUGACCACUUGUGUGCGUAAUACAAAAUGACUGAAAAUUACGAGCUUCGCAAGGCUAUAUUAUCCGCAUUUUACAACAUUUUGCAAUGAAACUUUGGAGUAUUACUAAUUUUGUGAUGCUCCUUCAAGCUGUGAUGAAAUUUUUGUUCAGGCUAGUUAAGAUCAAAAUUUUGGAAAAGUGGUAACCAUUUCCCGUUUGUAAUCUAAAAUGACUGAAAAUUGCAAAUUUCGCAAGGCUAUAUUAUCCGCAUUUUACAACAUUUCGCAACGAAACUUUGGAAUAUUACUAAUUUUGUGAUGCUCUUUCAUGCUAUGAUGGAAUUUUGUCUAGACUUGUUGAGAUCAAAAUUUUGGUUAAUUGGGAAAUGGUCCAUUGAACUGCGGUUACAGAGGUGUACGACGAAUGCACUAGUCCCUAUACCACCAACACUUCUUAACAAAACAACUGAGCAUUAAACUUCUCAUAGCUUAAACCUGUUCGGGGCAAGGACAAUCACGCAAGGUCGAGUGCUAAUCAUUCCAAUGUCAUGUCGCGGAUCUACGUGGGAAUUUCUGGAAUAGUUCUACAGAUUAUCUUGAAUUAAACCCAUUAUGUUGCAUACUAAACUUGAUCCAGAUUAGCGUUCAAAAAUCUCGGAAGUUGAGAAAAUGAGAACGGAACACAGCGUGUGGUUUAAAGAGGGGGUCACGAUGAGACCCUCGUUACCACCUUGGGCGCUCUUGGAAGAACAGUUUAGAACUGAUAGAGCUAUCCAGUAGAAAUAAAGUUAGUUUAGUUUAGGUUUCCUCCUGUAGUAACACUGGAUCAAUAAGAGAUGAUCCUUACUGGACCUUUUGGAAGAACAGUUUAGAACUGAUAGAGCUAUCCAGUUUAAACAAAGUUCGUUUAGUUUAGGUUUCCUCCUGUAGUAACACUGGAUCAAUAAGAGAUGAUCCUUACUGGACCUCUUGGAAGAACAGUUUAGAACUGAUAGAGCUAUCCAGUAUAAACAAAGUUCGUUUAGUUUAGGUUUCCUUCAUUACUGGACCUCUAGGAAGAACAGUUUAGAACUGAUACAGCUAUCCAGGAUAUAUAAAGUUUGUGUAGUUUAGAUUUCCUCCUGUAGUAAGACUGGAUCGAUAAGUAAUGAAACCUGUACUGAAACUGUACGCAAAGUUGUUUGGCUAUACACAGCCAUCCAGAACGUUAACACGUUGGACGAAUGCCCAAGCACGAAGCGGUGUGUAACUACAAACUAUUCAUCUUUUAGAUUACACAACUCAAAAUUGAAAACAAUCCGUUUGCCAAAGGUUUUCGUGGGACGUGUAACUCUUUCAGUUCCACGACGUACGGAGCGACUAAACGCAAGUUGGAGGAAGACCCUGAAGAGACUGGGCCGGGUAGUAGAUUAUCACCUCACAACAUGAUGAAGUUGACCAAUUGCAGCAGCCCGUCCUCUGUAUGUGUGACGUCAUCACCACGUCACGUGAUUCAUCAUUACACCACAGGUAUGUACGGGACAAUGAUGUUUUUCAGUCACAAGACAGCAGAUGAUGGCCAAUGUCAGAAAUGUUUAACGGAGCAUGAAAACUAAACUGCAUUUCUCAAUUCUAUUUAUUUGCCACCAAAUACAAGACACUACAUACCGUAAACCUCCGACUAUAAGCCCUGGGCUUAUAUACUUUCGUAAGCGAUUUUUGAUGGGCUUAUACAAGAGGGGGGGGCGGCUUAUAUACGGGUGGGCUUAUACAUGGACGAUCUUUUGUGUUAGUAAUAAACAAGUCAGACAUAAACAAGUCAGUCAUAAACGUGUAUAAAGCAGCGAUUACUGGGCUUAUAUUAAUUGGGGGACUUAUAUUCGGGGGGCUUACAUUCGGGUGGGCUUAUAUUUGGGGGGGGGGGCUUAUAUUUGGAAUGAUGUGAGCGUUAGUACAUGUGGUGGGCUUAUACACGGGGUGGGGGCUUAUAGUCGGAGGUUUACGGUAUAAUGGAAAGAGUCAUUUUGUCACUCUGAUAACUGCAGGUUGAACACCAUCUGCUGCGCGAUAGUGCUUUGUGAAAUACAUCCUCUAGCAGGAAUCGAACCUGCAGCCCUGCCAUUCCAGUGGGGCGUUACAGAGGCCAGUUGUCCAACUGUAACCACAAAUUCGUGUGUAUAUACUAGGGUACUGCUAUGUCUAGGUUAUGG